AAAUUUCAAACAGGAGGAAAGUGGAGGUAGCAGAGUUUUUCGCCUGUGUGUGGUUUAGUUCCGGUGUUUACAGUAAAUCAAUGAUUAUUUUCUGAUAAGUUUGUUUUAAUUGUAAAUAAGUAAUCUGGUUUUGAUUAACAAGUUGAGCGGUUGAAUACAGCAGCAUGAGUGUAGUGAGCACACCGACUUCACAGUCACGGCAGUGGUCCUCUCCAGCACUGGGGCACAAAAUGUCUCUCUCCGCCAGCAGUACGCCGCUCCUCGGAUCCAUCCAAAGCAACGACGAUGAACAGGAGCGACGGCAGAGGCGCAGGUCCAAAGUCGUCGACCUUCACGCGGGAGCUGAUUCCUCCAUCAACGAGGCCCACAGUAGCACAGGGACUCCAGCUGUUGUGCCCAAGCUGUCCUCUGCACAGAUCUCGGAGCAUUACUCCACCUGCAUCAAGCUCUCGACUGAAAACAAAAUUACCACGAAGAACGCGUUUGGUCUGCACCUCAUUGAUUAUAUGGCGGACAUACUCAAGCAGAAGGACUCCGAGCUCAACUUCAAGGUGGCUGCAGGGACACUGGACGCCAGCACUAAGAUCUACGCAGUGAGGGUGGACGCAGUACACGCUGAUGCCUACAGAGUUCUGGGAGGACUCGGCUCCGAGACCAAACCAAAAGAUGACCAGGAGGCAGGAGACGAGGCGGAGGCAGCAGAGGGCAGUGUGAGUGAACAGGCAGCCACCAAGCAGGCCCCAAAGAAACGACCUCCGAAGAAGACGGUGGAGCAGAACCUGAGCAACAUCAACCUCUCCGAGACCGAGAUGAAGUGCGAGGUGGACCCUAUGUUCCAGCGCAUGGCUGCGUCUUUCGAUGAGAACAGUACAGCUGGAGUGUUUCUGUCCGUGCUAUUCAGCGAGGACAGCCGCUGUGAGCUCAGGUUCCCCUCCCACAUGACCCUGCUACACUCCAGACCGCCGAGCUCACCCUCACCUGUACAACACACACCUGCUUCACCCUUCACAGUUGGCUUAAAGAGACUGGAGGAAAAGAUGCCCAUCUGCCCGUCUCUAGAAGAUUUCUCCUUCACCCAGUGGACACCUGACCAGACGACCAACCUGAACCAGCUGCUGGAGAAGAUGAAGCAGGGCGAGCACGCGUUCGACAUCAACGCUGACGUCGAGCCGGACAAGGACAAGGCACCGGAUUUCGGGGACCAUUUCGACGCAGACGACGAGGGAGUGGGAGACUGCGGGGAGCCCUUCGAUGAUCACAAAGACACUUGCUCGAGGAGGAGCCCCGAGAAAGGGCGGGGGGUUAUACCGAUCGGAGAAGGCGACAUCACCACCAUGUGCCUCCAGCUGUCCGAUAAACCCAGAGAGUAUUCCUACUUCAGCCCCCGCACCAUGGCGACGUGGGUCGGCCCGGGCUACUGGCUCUUCAAACCGACACACAAACAGGAUCACAAGCCAGAGAAGGAAACUAAAAAGCGAGCGCCGAAAAACCCCUUGGUGAUCGACUUCAGCGAGGACGUCCAUUUUCACAACUACUUCCGCACGACCAGAGCAGCGACCACCAUCAGUAAAUCCGCCCUGAACACCAGCAACAAGAAAACGACACUUCCGGCAGAUUUCCAGUAUCCACUCAGCAACCUGUCGCAGCUCAGCCUCAAACCUGCCAGCACGCUGAUUGUCAAAGACAAGAAGAGGAUAUCAGGUGAGCUAGCGGAGGAUAUUGGAGAGUACGACUAUAGCAACGCUAACGACACUGCUAACUUCUGCCCACGGCUGCAGAUUGAGGACAGCGAUGACGAAGUGGAAGGCUUCGCAGGAUCAGAUGACUCUCAGCCCGUGACGGACAGGCUGGGCACCGAAGGCAUCUCCACAUACGGAGAAGACUGCCUAGUGCCUGAGCCAUAUAAAGUCAACAUCAUCGAGAUUAAUUACGCCAAGACGGCCAAGAAGAUGGACAUGAAGCGCCUGAAGAGCAGCAUGUGGAGCCUCCUGACGGACAGCCCCGAGAAACCUGCCAAGGACGUCGAGAGCGAGAAGCCUACAGAAGUCCCAGGAGAGAAAUCCUUCAGCCAGUCCACCAGGACGCUCCUACAAAAGCUGCCCAGCACCAUGGCCAGUAACCUGUCCGUGCCCUUGGCCUUCGUCGCUCUGCUGCAUCUGGCCAAUGAGAAGAACCUGGAGCUUCACAAAGUGGACGACAUGUCGGACAUCAUCAUCAAACAAGGGCACUGAGGGCACGCCCAUGCCGCCAGAUUAUUAUUAUUAUUAUUAUUAUUAUUAAGGGAUUAUUUUUUAGAGUAGGUUUUUACAGUGUACAGUUUUUGUUUUUUUUUUAAACAUGUAAGGAGCAGCUACAGUAAAAUGUUAACUGUGGUAUCAUUUUAUAAUUUUUAACUGUGAUUUAUAGGGAAAAGCUUUCAUUUUUGUUUUUUGGAAUAUGCUACACGAUACUGAAAUGUGCAAUUUAAUAAUUUUGUUGUUCAGUAUCAUGUGAAAAAAAAAAUGCCCCAAAGGGGAGAUUGUCUUACUUUUCACUGACCUUCGAACACCAUGAACUUUUUUUUUUUCUUCUCCUCUUUUAUGUCUCGUCUCGUUAAUUUAAAACCUUGUUACAUUUUGAUGUUUUUCCUUUUCUGUGUAUUUUAUACAUCAUUAAAUCUCUGCAUAUAACUUGCA